AAACAGGUGGAAAAACAAAACACCGCUCCACUUAAUUUUGAUUCGCUCCCUAAUUGACCCAAAUAAAUCGUUCACUGCCAGGGUUUCCUCCGACCCCGAGGCACUAUCAAACACACACACCGAGAGGGGGGUAAUUCACGGCCACUAAUACCCCCUUGCUCGAUCAGUCUAAACACCGUCCAAUAGCAGUAAUACCCUACACCCGUUUAGGGGUUAGGAUCUUGACUCGACGUCGGUUUUCCUCGUGCAGUAGCAGCGCUCGAUCCUCGUCGAAAAGCCAUGCAUGUUGUGCGGACGAUCCCGGCCGCGUUGCUUUUCGUGUGAGAUAAACACGCACAACCUGCGUGCGACCUCGUUAGUGGGAAUUACAAAAGAGCUGGAUUUGAGAGCAAAAAAAAAAAAAAGAUGCACGAGAAAAUUCCAGAGAGUCGGACCCCGACGCCCCCGAGAAGUUCCUCGUUCUUCAUUGAAAAUCUUCUGGGCUCCGGUCGCGACGAGCCGCAUAGCCGGGACAUCGAUACCGAGCGGGGAUUGAGAGGGACGGUUCUACGGGGCAGCUGGACAUCGGUACAUCCACGCGGAGAGGCGAAUACGAGCUCCGGCUCAUCCUCGUGCUGGCAGCCCGCGAGCCUCGGUGCUCUGCAGCGAUCUGACAGCCCGAGAGAAGGCACGCGAAGCUCGGAUGAGCACUCCGACUCGGUGUCCAGCGACUGUGACUCUCCGGUGCUCCCGGAGGCCGGGCGGAGUCGCGAGGAUGCGGAGCCCGAGGCGGGGGAAGCGAGCCUGGCGCGGCGGAAGAAAACGCGCACGGUGUUCUCGCGCAGUCAGGUGUUCCAGCUCGAGUCCACGUUCGACGCCAAGCGCUACCUGAGCAGCUCAGAGCGCGCGGGCCUCGCCGCCUCGCUCCGCCUCACCGAGACCCAGGUUAAGAUCUGGUUCCAGAACCGCAGGAACAAGUGGAAGCGGCAGCUGCACGCGGACCUGGAGGCCGCAGCCGCCGCGGCCGCUGCCGCCUCGCACGCGCCUCAACGAGUUGUGCGCGUGCCCGUGUUGUAUCGCGAGAGCUAUCCGGCGCCGGUAACCGGGCUCGCGGACGCUGUGAGCUUCCCGCUCACGUCCCUCGCGCAUUCUAUGAACGUUCUGAGGGCACAGAUGACCGGACUGGUGUGAACUGAACUAAACGGGGGGGAACUCACACAGGACUGAUGCAUUCAGGGGUGAUGGGCCAUUAGUGAAGUAUGUUGGGAAAUAUGAGACAUAUAGACAUAUGUGACUAUUGGGUAAUACAGGAACGUGUGGUGUGUAUUAUUGGCAAUAGGGCUGGACAAUAAUUCAAUAUCAAAAUAUAUAUCAAUAUCAAAUGUUUCAAUAAUCAUGAUAUAAUUUGCAUUACACGAUCUGGCCAAUUUGUUUUUCAAAAGUCUUUUUAUAUAUAAGCUAUCCAUUUCAGAAGUAUAUUGUAUCAACCAAAUUAAAAAAUAUAUUAUGAUAUCAAUUUACAUCCAGCCCUAACUGCAACUCAAGUAUUAAAGUAUGUUUAGUAGGUAACUGAAUAAACAGUGCUUUUAUGUCACACUACCAAACACAGCAUACAAUAUUGUCAUUAUACUACUAUACAAGAGAACAUUCAGGUGAAAUGGGCCAUCAGAAAUAUAGUACAAACUGUUUCAGUAUUAUUAUUAUUCAGUAUUAUGGGUGUGUAAAUGUGUAAAGUGUGCAGGACAAAGUGUGGGGUGACAUGUGUGUUUGAUAAUAUGGAACAGUGCGUUUGAUAACAUGGGCGAGUGUGUUUGGUAUAGUAUUGAACAGUGUGUAGGUUUUUAUGGGAGUGUGUAUGUAUGAUACUAGAGAGUCGUUUGGGAAUAUCAGACAGUGUGUUUGAUAGCAUAGGAGGGUGUGUUUAGUUAUAAAGUAGAGUGUGUAUGGGAAUGCGUGUUUGGUAAUAUUGGACAGUGUGUUAGUUAAUAUAGGAGUGUGUGUGUUUAUAAAUAUAGUAGAGCGUGUUUAUGGGUAUAUGGGCGAGUGUGUUCAGUAAUAUAGAAGAGUGUGUAAAAGCGAAUAUAGGCGAGUGUGUUUGGUAAUAUAGUAGAGUGUGUAGUGUGUUUGGUAAUAUAGUAGAUAUAUGUAUAUGGGAAUAUGGACAAGUGUGUUUGGUAACAUGGGUGAGUGUAUAGUAGAUUGUGUGAAUGGGAUUAUGGGACAGUGUGUUUGGUAACGGAUGAGUGUGUUUAGUAAUAUAGUAGAGUGUGUAUAUGGGAAUAUGGACAAGCGUGUUUGGUAACAUGGGUGAGUGUAUAGUAGUGUGCGUGAAUGGGAUUAUGGGACAGUGUGUUUGGUAACGGAUGAGUGUGUUUAGUAAUAUAGUAGAGUGUGUAUAUGGGAAUAUAGGCAAGUUUGUUUGCUAAAAUGGGCGAGUAUGUUUCAUAAUAUAUUAGAGUGUGUGAAUGGGAUUAUGGGACAGUAUGUUUGCUAACAUGGAUGAGUUUGUUUUGUAAAAUAGUAGAGUGUAUAUACAGGAAAAUGGGUGAGUGGGUUUAUAUAUGUAAGUCUGUUCAGCAAUAUAUUAAUUUACAGUAGUUUGUAAGAAAUUAAAAAACAUAAAGGUUUUAUAAUUCAUCCAUCAUGUGUGAACCUAUAUAUUAUCACAUAUUAUUUAUAUAUUAUGUAUUACCAAAGACACUGUCCCAUUAUACCUCACACAUUGUCCUUCUGUACCCAACACACUGUGCUAUACACUGUUAUACGCCAGUAUGAUGGACAUAUCUUUCUUUCUUUCAGUAACUGUUAUAAAUAACGGUCUGUUCACAUCAUUAGCUUUUUAUUUUCACACCAUAUGAAAGAAUCCAGUC